GGCGCCAACUGUUCUAAUCUCUCCUGCCGUGUUCGGGCACACCCAUACUGCGUGGCGAACUUCUCGGCGGCAAAGGGAGGUACCGAAACCAGGUGUUUCAAAUGCAAAGCCACGUGGCCCAAACAGUACAAGCAAAAUAGGGCUGGAAUCUACAAGGAACGCGAAAACAAUGGGCAGACAGUGGGGCAGAAAAGGUCUCGUAAAUCCAUCAAUGGACAAAACGGGGAGCACGGACAGCGGCAGCAGCACGAAGAGGACGACCGCUCACAACGACAGCAACAACAUCGUGAGGAUUCGGCUCCGGAGUCAGACGCCGAAGACGACGAGCCGCGCCGACGAAGUGGGCGUCGCGCGCGUUGA